AUGGACCCGCAACUACGACCUCGGUUCUUCGACGCUGACCCAAACUCCGCAGAUGCAGCAAAACGCUGGAAUCACUGGUUUCGUACCUUCGAAACCUAUCUGAAAACCGUCGAAUCUUCUAAACCCGACAAACUUGAAACUCUCAUCCACUUUUUUAAAGUGCUGCUACAAUGCUGGGUUGGAUCGAACCCACGUCUCAUGCUAGCAGGUGGCUCUAUCGGUUCCGGUGGACUGGCUGGAGAUGAUAUUAUUUCACGAAUCGGGAAUGCCAAGUCAGCUUUUGCCACGCGCCGACGUGAAGUCGGUUUGUCUGUCAAAGGCAUCGUUCGCACUGUAGCGAGACGUGGCCUGUACGAGCAGAUGUUACGUUUGACCAUCGGUGUCUCCAAAGCACUGGUCGGGUCCGGUGGAAAUAUCGGAUUAUUGCCAGAAGAUCGUCUGAUUCACAGAGCUCUUUUCGCCCUGCCAUAUGUUGAGUGGAAGAGAGCGAGAGAUGGACAGGUGACCUGGCGACAAAGUACCUAA